AUGCAACUCGACAGCAGCAGCGACGGCAGACGGCCUACGAGCCAGCGCCUGCCCGUCAACCCUCGCCGUCACAAAGUCGCCCCUGAACACCGCAAACGAGUUGCCACUGCAUGCAACAGCUGCAAUGUUCGAAGGGUCAAGUGUUCUGGCGGAACCCCCUGUUCGCAGUGCUCCGCCUCCAGCCGCGAGUGCGUCUACCCCGUUCCCGUCGAAAAGGUCAACGUCCCGCGCGCCGAGCUGGAAGAGCUGCGGAAAAAGGUCGAGCUCUAUGAGCGGGCGCUUCAGGAGGCCAUUCCCGACCCCUCCAAGCGACAAGAGCUCAUCAGCCUCGCCUCUGCCACGCCAGAGGCCCUGUCGCCAUCUCCCAGCGCCUUUAGCCCCAGCCAGUCCUUUCCAUCCGAGGGUAGCAGCCAUUUCCCGGGCGCCUCCUCCGUCAAACCUGAGCCUGAAGAUGAACAGACGCCUGGCCACCUUGUCCAGGAUCCCAACGACACGGCGGGCUACCUCGGAGAGACCAGCGGCGCUACAUUCCUCGAUCACUUGAAGGAGCUGCUUGGGGCUGUGCUGCCUCUCACACAGGUGGAACCGCAGCUGUCUCAGGGGCAGGACGGAAGCGCCUUGUUGUCCAGUCUGGGGAGAUACUAUACCGCUGACUCUCGCCCUUCGGUCGAUCGAGACGCAAAGCCAAUAUCGUUGCCCUCCAGUGAGGACCUUGCCGCUCUGCUGUCCAAGCUCAGAAGUCUGGUCCAGGACGGAAAUGGCGAAUGGCCUAGCGGCGGCAUCUACUGGUUUGGCGAGCUCGACAUCCUUCCCACUCGGGCCGCCUCGCCGUCAUCCGCUCCGGAGGCGGACAUGAAUGAAUUUCGUCAGUUGGCAUUCUACCACGCCGCUCUGGCCAACAUUAUCCGGGCCGGCACCUCGUCAAAAGAGGUGCUCAACAGUGCGUCGGCGCCCUCACUUAGCGAAGCGUACUUUGCCGGUGCUGCCAUUCUCGUGGGCAACCCCUUAGACGUAACACGGUGUUGUACAAUUGGCGAUGUUGCCGCUCUCUGUCUCAUGUCGGCCUAUCUGAUUGAGAUGAAUAGGAGAGACGCCGCCUAUAUGCACGUGGCAGCCGCCAUGCACAUUUGUAUCAUGCUAGGCAUCCAUCGGGGGGUCGCAGAUGAAAGGGGGAAGCGAGUGUUUUGGACCGUCUAUAUUCUGGACCGGUGGUUGAGCUGUCUGAUGGGACGGCCACACAUUAUCAUGGACGAUGCCAUCGGGAUCCAGUUGCCUGCCGAUGCUCCGUCGAUGCCACCCGCUGCGGGACUUAGAGCUCACGUCGAACUUUCGCGAAUUUCCGGUUAUGUCGUCUGCAACACGUAUCGCGUCGCCCCGUGGGAGGCAGCCAGAGGAGGAAUGUCCAGACAGCCCGACAAGGCCAUCUGGAUGUUGCAGCAGUGGCAGCUGACUCUUCCACCUCGCCUGCAACUGUCCCCCGACGGGCUGAGCAGCGACCCUGCCUGCUGCCUCCUCCACAUGAGGUACAACAUGCUUCUUAUUCUGGCCAUCCGGCCGCUAUUCCUCGGUGCCGUCAAGAGGUCGAUAGCCAGGCGUCUCAUGGUGCAGACAACCGAACCUAACAUGAUGUAUUCGGAGCAUCUAACGCUGUGCAUUACGGCCGCGCGCCGCAACAUUCGCCUUGGACGACAGCUGGCAGCGCUCAACCUCAGCCGGAAGUCGCCGCUGCACGCAGAACAGCAUUACUCGUUCAAUGCCACCGUGUGCCUUGUUCUGGAGGAUCUGAUAUCCGAUGAAGAAGUGUCGGAGGAGGAAAGAGAGGCAAGAAACAACGACAUCAUGUUUGGCAUCCAGCUGGAAGAAGACGGCAUCACCAGCUUUGGCCAGGCUUCGUCCAACUCUCUGCGGCAUCUCUGGGCCCUAGCACGGCGGUUGAUGGACUCGAUGGUGCAGACUCAGGAGUUGAGCAAUGCCGGGCUAGCUGGGCAGAGAUUUGCCCCGCCGAUGAUGACGACGCCUACGGACUACUCCAUGCCGGUCCUGCAAACCGGCGAAGACCAUGCCCUUUACGACGAGCUGGUGGCCUGGGUGGACGAUGAGUGGCCGCCCAUGUACAACACGGGCCUGUUUAGUGGGUUCAUGCAGUGA